AUGGAGGACAUUUGUGUAAACUACACUUUCUUUUCCAACUGGACUAUCUCCAAGGAGCCCUACGUUCUGAGUAACCAAACCAAACUAAACUGCUCUUCUCCACCCUGGCCCCUCUAUCCGGACUUCUACGUCGUUUUACCCGUCGUUUACUCGUUGAUCUGUGCGGUGGGACUGACGGGCAAUUCAGCAGUCAUCUACGUGAUUUUAAAAGCGCCCAACAUGAAAACAGUCACAAACUUAUUCAUCCUGAAUCUGGCUAUUGCUGAUGCACUUUUUACACUUGUUCUACCGAUAAACAUUGCCGAGCAUUUGUUAAACAGCUGGCCCUUUGGCGACACGCUGUGCAAACUUAUUCUCUCCAUAGACCACUGCAACAUCUUCUCCAGCAUCUAUUUCCUUACGGUCAUGAGUGUGGACCGGUACCUGGUGGUGCUAUCCACGGUGCGCUUGCAGCAGAUACCCCAUCGGACCUACAGGUUCGCCAAAGCUGUCAGCAUCUGUGUGUGGGCGCUGGUGAUCGUUAUAGUCUUGCCGUUCACCGUCUUCGCGGGCAUCUACGUCAGUCCGGAUGACGCAGGGAACAGGACAAGCUGCGUCCUCCUCUUCCCAAAUCCGGAGGGUCUCUGGUUCAAGGCCAGCCGCAUUUACACGCUGGUCCUCGGCUUCGUCAUCCCCGUGUCCACGACCUGUGUCUUGUACAUUGCCAUGCUGUACAAACUGAGGACCAUGGAGCUUAACCCAAACGCCAGGGCGCUGGUGAAAGCCAAGAAGAGGGCGACCCUGAUGGUGUUCAUGGUUUUAGCGCUGUGUUUGUUCUGCUGGACUCCGUUCCACCUGAGCACCAUUGUCGUGCUCAGCACAGAUCUGUCCCCGAGUCCGUUGGUGAUUGGGAUGUCCUAUUUUAUCACCUGUCUGAGUUACGCCAACUCUUGCCUCAACCCAUUCCUGUACGCCUUCUUUGAUGAGAGUUUUCGAAAGGCUUUCAAGACAAUUUUGAAACGAGGAUUCUAG